UGCCAGCGCAAGUCAAUAUUUAUCUGGUCAUUUUCAACUGUUUUUUAAUGUUAAAAGUCCCUCGCAGUCAACAGCUGUUUCCGGUGAGUUCUCAACUGCAGGAUCAAUAGCAUUCAGCAGUGAGUUUAACAACGCUCAAAUGUGGGUAAAAUAACAUUCAGAGAGGAGUUUUAUUAAAACAGCGUUCAACUGCAUGUAAGACAACCUUUUAGAGGUGAGUUUAACAACGCUCCACGGCGCGUGAGAUUAAGUAUUUUAAGCGUUUUCUGAUCAUGUAUUGCUUAUUAGACGUGAUGCAUGCUGGGUGUUAAAUAAUUUUUAUCAAAUGAUCGUUGAUGUUAAUAAAUAUAGAUCUAAAUAUACAUUUUACUUGUGUUCGAUUAAUUAAUAAGUUGUUUAAUUAUUAAUUUGUUUAUUUAAAGUCCUGUAAUAACUGUGACGUCAUCGAAUGAGACGAAGGUCCAUGGCUGUUUCAACUCGGAAGUUGAGAUGAAGAACUCCAAGAACAUCUCUUGAUCUUGGAUAAGUUGGUUGAUGGUCAAGAACUAAAGGAUGAGCUCCAAAGUCUUGAUGACUUUCUUGGUGAACUGCAAGAAAGGCAGCAGCACCAAUAAAGACACCUGAGCCGAGGGUGCAUUGGAGAAAAAGAGACAUUGAUGGAAAUAUUGUCUAUGCAAGGCCAAGGUCAAGCAGGAAUCAACAAAAGAAAGACUGGUAACUAGACUGUGCCGCUAGCCUUGGGACAAGUUGGAAUUUUGUAUGUAUGUAUACUUUAUUGUAUAUUACAGAUAAAUGUUGCUUUGUGAUGUUUUUAUCCUCUAAAGCUGAUCACAUUCGGAACACUGAUCCUCCCAAUGCUCCUGACACUCAUUGUGAGGUGGCCUUUGCUCCAGAGACUGUUGGUGUGUACUUCAAUGUGUUUAAAUUACAGAAUAUGACAGUGGGUUAUAAGAGUGUAUUCACUGAACGAUUUCUCAAGUAAUGACGCAUCACCUCCUGGAACCCCAAGAGAUCCUCUUCAGGCUUCCUCAAACUGGAGCACACACAAAUUCUCUUUUCAGAGAGGUGGAGGACAGAGAGACCCUGUCUGCUGAACACGGCUGUGGCACAAGAAAAUGUGGCAGCACAUCUGCCAGAGUGUGGGAGAAGCCCAAGCUGUUAUCCAGUGUUGUGACUGACGACCUCGUCCCUUCUUCUGUGCUGAAUGUGACGUCAUCAUGUCCUCCAUAGCAGAGAUGCCAUGACUGCUGGAUUCUUCCAGCCAUUGCCUCCAACAACUGUUGUGGUGGAUAAGGCUCUUUCCCAUUGUGAGUCAUUAAGGGUCUGUCCAGGAAAGACAGUUGCUGUGGUCACAAUUAAUGAUAUCUUGUUUUCAUUUGAAGAAAUGAAGAUGGCGGCACCAGGACUGUCCUUUCAAGCAUUUUUAAGAAUGCUGGAUCAGCGAACUGUCUGCUUUGGUUGUACUGGCAAGAUCUCAGCAGACAGUUUUCAGAAACGUUUUUUGGCUUUGCGAUUCAAGGUGGACAAUAUAUUCAAAUCUGAGGAACCGGACAUCUUUGAAGGCAUCUUCAUAGCUAAGGAUGAGGAUAUUACCAAACUUGUAAAAUUGUCAGUGGAAGAGGUGUUUGUGGAGGGGAGUGGUCAGCAGCCAGAGAGACCUCCCAAAAACUGCAAGCAAGAUAGACGAGGAGGGAUUGGAGUUGUGGUGAAAUGGAGUAUGGCAUAUCAGGAUGGUUGUGGAUUAACACUAGGAGAGGAGGUGGAACAGUGCAAUGCCUUCCUCUCUAGGAUUCCAGUGACCACAAAACACAUUUCAAAAGCAGGACGCGCAGACAUGCUGACUCUCAUGGCCAUGCACUGACAUCAGCAAACGUUUAACAAUUUAGCCAUCUCAAAUACUCGCCGAUAUCAGAAGAUUCGCCAAGCAAGAGACUGUUACCUACAAGUUUUGUCGGGAGCCGAGAACAUCAACUUCUUGUAUAGAAGUUGAUGAGUACGACAGUGACUUUGACAUUUCUGGUGAUGGUCUGUAAUCCACAAGACUGUGAUACCUUCCAUUAUUCUGGACAAAGAUUUCUAACUGUCAAUAUAAAGCAAUUAAUAAAAUCUACUUUUCAUAA